GCACGAACUAGGAAUCAUGGCAGCUCCCAUUCAAAUCGAAUGAAACGGAAACAAUUAUCAAAUUUCUUCUGAUUUUAGCAGGAUUGGCCUAUCCACCAAAACAACUGUUGCAGACAGUGAGAUGUCACAAGGAGCAAGGUGCAUGAAUAUUUGAAUGGCAUGCCUGUCUUGCGCUCUUGCUUAGUAACAUUACCAAAAUGGCGAUGUGUGAUAGCUAGAGUUAGUUCUCAGAGAUUAUAUGGGGGAUGACAUGGAAACUAGAAGAGGUAAUUUAGAUAUUGAUUUGGAGAGUGGGGGGAUGAUAGGUGAUGGUAGGGGAAGUGAAAUCUUGAAUCUGAGUGAUGAUAAUCCCGGCAUAUUUUUGCACAGAGCUUGGAAUUCUUUGCCGGUAGAGCAUUUGAAAAAUGGAUCAAUUUCAGGUGAAGAAGGUGGCCAUUCAUAUGGGCAGAUUUUGUGUGAUAAUUCUGUUAAGAAUGCAGAAUUAACAGAUAUUCAUUCGAGCAAAGUGAAGGACAGUAAAAGAAAUCCUAAAGGGAAGAAAGCAGCUAAAGAGAAAUUUAAAAAGCCAAAGCCUUCAAAACCACCCAGACCUCCCAAAAGUCCCUCAUUGGAUGCUGCUGACAUCAAACUCAUCAAAGAAAUUUCUGAGAUGACAUUACGAAAGCAUAAAAGCUUGGAACGCCUAAGCCUAUUGAGGAAAAUAAACAAAGAGGGAAAAUCAUCAGCUAAAGCUAACGUCUUGGCAAUGGGAAUUACAGUUCUGUUCUUCUUUGUUAUAAUAUUUCAUGGCCUUCUGAGCUCCAAUAGAUGAUCUACCCUGCAAGUUGUUCCUGAAGUAGCACCGCAGAUGAAAGUGAACGCUUUGACUGGUUAGAGUCAGUUUGGCAGCCAUCUCUAUCUUCAACUUAUUGACCUGAAACCAAUUUUGCAGAAUACUUCCUUUGGGAAAAUUCGGCAGAUUCUACC